AGUAUUUGUACAUGAGGCCCCAGGUGUCUUUUCCUACGAAAGAUGGCUUCCAAACCAAAACCACACAGGGCCAAGGGAGAGAACGAGUGGAUAUCCCGCCUGCGAAGAUUUGCUGCCUCAGGCGUUUGGCCCUCUGAGACAGGAAACAGACCAGCACCUCUGCAGAAAAAGUGGCAUGAUCUAUAUCUGAAGAUUGAGAAAUGCCCAAAGCAGAUGAGGGGACAAAUGUCAGUGUUUGGAGGUGCAAAGAGCUGUGGCUGUGGUUUCCAUGCAGAGAAGCCUUCCAGUUCGCUCCCUGCCUCAGGGCAUCCAGGACCCUCAUAUACAGUGGCACAGCAGCCAGGGCUUUCAUCUGCUGAGACGCUGCAUCCAGGACCCUCAUAUACAGUGGCACAGCAGCCAGGGCCUUCAUCUGCUGAGACGCUGCAGCCAGGACCCUCAUAUACAGUGGCACAGCAGCCAGGGCCUUCAUCUGCUGAGACCCUGCAGCCAGGACCCUCACCUGCAGAUUCGCUUGUGAUGUGGCGGGUUAUCCGUUUCCUUGGAAACAGUCCCACCCCUGGUCAGAACAGCUGA